AUGGCCAGUGCCAGUAUGUAUCAGCGUGCAGCGCUCGCCGUUGCCGUGGCCACGGCGCUUGUGGCCGUGCUCAUGGGUGUACUUCCUGUUGCCAAGCCAGAGUGGUUCGUGCCUGGCGAGCAGCUUGAUGCAGUGACGCGUUUUUUUCAGUCCAAAAGCACAAGUGCGCCAAAUAUUACUAGCAUGAAUGCGUCAGGAAAUGCAAGAGCCACGACACAUACGAACAACUGGGCUGUUCUCGUGGGCACGUCCAAGUUCUGGUUUAACUACAGGCAUUUAGCCAAUACACUCGGCAUGUAUCGAACGGUGAAACGACUUGGCAUGCCUGAUAGCCACAUUAUUCUGAUGCUGUCUGAUGACAUCGCUUGCAAUCCACGUAAUCGGUAUCCUGGCUCAGUCUGGGCCUCGUCUGACCGCCACUUAGACUUAUACGGUGACGAUGUUGAAGUGGAUUACCGGGGUUAUGAAGUGACGGUGACGAACCUAUUACGCCUACUUACAGGGCGCGUCCCUGCACAUACACCGCGUUCGAAACGCCUCGACUCAGAUGAACACUCGAACGUAUUUUUAUACAUGACAGGCCAUGGUGGCGACGAGUUUCUCAAGUUCCAAGAUUCAGAAGAGAUGAGUGCGUAUGACUUGGCUGAUGCCAUUGAGCAAAUGUGGGAAAAGCGGCGUUACCAUGAGCUACUCUUUAUGAUCGACACAUGCCAGGCAUCCACAAUGGCUUCGCGUCUGUACAGUCCUAAUGUGCUAGCUGUGGGCAGCAGUGUGAAAGAUGAGAGUUCUUACUCGUACAACACGGACUACGAUGUUGGUUUGCCACUCAUUGACCGCUACACGCGAGCGGUGCUGGAGUUCAUGGAGCAAGUCACUCGCACCUCGACAGCGACACUGCAAGACCUGUUUUCCAGCGUCGACCAAGUCGAUACAUUUUCCACGCAGCAGGUGCGCUCCGAUUUAUAUGGACGUCCAUUAGAACAUGUGCGUGUGACAGACUUUCUAGGCUCUGUCGCGCAGGUGCAGUUGACUUGA